GUCGACAUGGAGAAGUUGAGAAAGAUCAAAACAUCGUUGAAGAAUGAUCGCAAUCUCAAAAGAUCUGGGAAUGCGAUCAAGAGGGGGUGGAAGACGUUACCAAGUGCGGCGGAGACAUAUAUGCGCGAGAAGGUACCGGUUGUAGGAUGGCUACCAAACUAUGACCCCAAAUGGAUUGCGAGCGAUACAAUUGCUGGUUCCGCGAUGGGGAUGAUGUUGAUCCCACAGGCAAUUACCUACGCAACGCUGGCGGGAAUACCGAUCCAAAAUGGAAUCCAAUCAACGUGGAUCCCUUCACUCAUAUACUUUAUCAUGGGGACAUCAAAAGGUAGGAUUUGGAUCACACAAUAGGACUUAAGGCUAAGCGAAUAUAGAUCUCAGCACAGGCCCAACAUCUCUCACUGGAAUACUCACAAACUUCGUGAUCAUGGAUUACCGAGCCGAUAAGAGGCGAAUCCCACCAACCUUUCUCGGUGCAGGCGUAGCGAUUGCUGUGGGACUAAUGUCUCUAUUUCUGGGACUUCUCAACAUGGGAUGGAUUCUCGAUUUCGCCUCGCUUCCAAUACUAGUCGGAUUUAUGCUCACUGCGAGUCUCAUAGCUGUUCAGGGGCAACUUGCACCAUUGCUUGGGGUAAUAGGUGUUGGCAAUGACUUUUUGUCCCAACCGAAAGAGAUUCUUCAACAUAUCAACACAGCCGAGCCCGCGACAAUCGCUAUGGGAAUUUCAACCAUCAUUAUCCUGGCCAUUUUACAGACUGUCGACCAGAAGUUAGGGAAGAAAAACUUCAUCAUCCAUCUCGUCGCUUCGAGUAGGUAUUUGUUCGUCCUCACGAUCAUGACCAACAUAAGCUAUCUCGUCAAUCGAAACCGAGACCGCCCAUUAUGGGCCAUAGCAGGACAACAAGGCAAUGGUUUCCAAACCUCGGGUGGCCCUUCUUUCGGCAUUUCUCUUUUGGUGCUAAGGCAGGCAAUACCUGUGUUCUUGGCGACUAUUGUUCAGCAUCUUGCCCUUACGAAAUCCUUCAGUCGUCGACAUGGAUACGAUGUAAACCCCUCCCAAGAACUCACCUACCUAGGAGUAAGCAAUAUCGCCUCGGGAUUGCUCGGGGGCAUGCCAGUUUCUGCCGAAAUUUCCAGGACAGCCGUGAACGAAGCGAGUGAUGUCAAAUCUCCCCUUUCGGGAAUCUUCACCACCAUCGUCGUUCUCCUUGGACUCCAAGUUGCCAAGGAUGCAGUGUUCUACAUCCCAAGCGCCACCAUUGCAGGAAUGACCAUCGUUGCCGCUGGAGGAACCAUGCCUGACUUCAAAAUCGUAAUUUCUCACUGGAAGGGGUCCUUCAUCGAUUUCUUGAGUUGUCAAAUCGUCGUUCAAGGGGCCUUCUUGGCUAGUCUCGACACAGGAGUAUUGGCUGGUGCCUUUUUUAUGGUCGGCUAUACCAUGUUAAGAUCUCUUUUUGAAAGAGCGGAUCCUGUGACUCCGGCCGAGUUGGAUAUUAAGUUCGGAGUUAGUGAGACAAAGAGGGGUGUGGUAGUACAGGAAGGCGUGAAGAUUCUCAAGAUGAGAGAUGAUGUUUAUUAUAUCAACGCGAAGAGGAUCAUGAAGAGUGUGUUUAUGAGAGCUGGGGAGGAUUUCAAAAGAAUUACCAACAUGUAUCCUGAGGCGAGACUUUGGUGUGAGCCAAAAUGGGGUUUUGUGGAUGACAGGGCUUCGUUGACGAGGAGCCAAAGUAACCUUCGAGUGUUGAUAUUGGAUUUUACGAGAGUGGGAUUCGUGGACUUGACGACGCUGACCUAUCUCGAGGAAUUGAAGGCAGCGGUUCGGACUUAUGCGAGUGAGGGGAAUGAAGUGGAGUUGAGAUUUGUGGGAUUGUCGGCUCCGGUCAAAUUGAGAUUCGACAGGGUGGGCUGGAAACUCGUGGAUGGUGCGGCGCCAGCUGGCGGUGAUGGACAAGACGGGGACAGAUACUUUGAGAAUAUGAGGGCUGCUGUCGAAACACCCAUAAUUGGGAGGAACAACAUUUACUCGGAAUUGAAUUUCGAGUUUGGGGACACCAGAAAGGAUGCUGUAGGUGUUAGCGAGCGAUACGUUGGGUUUUAG